UCUCCUUUUCUCUCUCUCUCAAAAUCAAUUUAAAAUCUUUUUUAAAAAAAGAAGUGAGACUAAAAAUAAGACUCACCAUCUUAACCAUUUUUAGUGUAUAGGUCAGCAGCAUUAAGCACAUGACAUGGUUAUGCAAACAGUUGCGAGCACUAUCCAUCUCCAGAAUGUUUUUAUCUUCCCAAACUCUGUCCAUAUUAAACACCAGCUCCCCAUUCCCCUACCCCAGCCCCUAGUGCCUACCAUCUUACGUUCUGUCUCUAUAAAUUUGAUUCCUCUAGGGACCUCACAUGCAUGGAAUCGUGUGUCCAUUUGUGACUGGCUUAUUUCACUCAGCAUAAUGUCCUCGAGAUGUCCAGCAGGGAGGCCAUUGGCUGCGACAUCGGGCAGGCCCGCCAGGCAGUGGAGCAGCUGAGGAUGGAGGCUGGCAUCGAUCGCAUAAAGGUGUCCAAGGCAGCCGCUGACCUGCUGCAGUUCUGCAUGGAGCAGGCCAAGAGCGACCCGUUCCUGGUGGGCAUCCCUGCUGCCACCAACCCCUUCAAGGAGAAGAAGCCUUGCGCCAUCCUAUGAUACUGGCCCCGAGGCCCCCUCAAUAAACAUGAGGUAAAUGCUC